AUGAUGUUCAACACUCUUUGUCUGUACAAGUUUUAUCUGUUCUUCACCCAAAUAUCCCUUUGCCCCAAGCUCUCUCGCAACCCAGAUGUCGCUCUGCUUUUAAAUUCAACCACGACCAACGCCUACUAUCCUUCGCCUUGCUUUAUCCAAACGGCGGAGCAAAAGUCGACGGUGGAGAUAGACCAAAUGCCUCCGCGUGGAGUUCACCAUCGGCGUGCCCACUCCGAUACAACUUUCCGUUUCGACGAUCUUCUCCUCUUCGACCCUUCCGAUGUCGAUCUUUCCUCCCUUGACCUCCCGGCGUCAACCUCCAAUCCCACCCCGCCCCCUGUCAUCCCCGUUCCUACCGAUUCCUCCGAUGACUCCUCCUCCAACGGUCAGCCCUCCCGCAGCAACCCUAAGCGCAUAUCUUACCAUGUCCGUAGUCUUUCUUUUGAUUCUGAUUUCUUCGACGGAUUCGGAUUGACUGAGCCCGCAAAUUCCGGAGGAGCUGGAGAUGAGAAAUUUGGCGGGAAAGGAGGGGACGGAGAGAAGAGGGUUCACCAUAGGCAUAGGCAUAGUAACUCGAUGGAUGGUACGGCUUCGUUUAAGAUUGAGCCUUUGAUGGCCGUUGACGGUGCUAAGAAGGCUAUUGCUCCUGAUAGACUCGCUGAGCUUGCCCUUAUUGAUCCCAAGAGAGCUAAAAGGAUUCUGGCUAACAGACAAUCGGCGGCUCGAUCAAAGGAGAGGAAGAUUCGAUACACCAGUGAGCUGGAGAGGAAAGUUCAGACCCUUCAAACAGAAGCUACCAAUUUCUCCGCUCAGGUCACAAUGUUAGAGAGAGACACUACUGGAUUGACUACUGAGAAUAAGGAACUCAAAUUACGGCUAGAGGCCAUGGAGCAACAAGCUCAGCUUAGAGACGCUUUAAAUGAAGCGCUGAGGGAAGAAGUGCAACGGCUUAAGAUACAAGCCGGUCAAAUGUCAGCUCUUAAUGGGAACCCUUUCAAUGGCGGACUGCCCCAAUUUUUCCCUCACCAACCAUCUCUGCAACACUUCAGCGGCCACCAAACCCCACAGCAGCAGAUGCCUCAGUCAUCCACCAACGACGGGCAGCCACAGCCUUGGUUCAUGGAUUUUAACCGGGGAGCAUAGUUUGAUGUUGGAAGAGAAUGCUCAGAAAACAUAAGAAGAUGCAUAUCUUGUACAAAGUAUACAUGUAAAUGUAUCAUAGGUUAGGGUUGUGAAAGAGUGCUACUAGGAUCGGUCUGUAUCAUAGGUUUCAUGACUUUAUUACCACCAAUAAUAAGGGUAAGAGAAAUGAGGGCUGGUAUGAUCUUCACUUAAUAUACUAUAGAGUUUCAUACUCAGCAGUCUCUUUUUCUCAUUACAACAAAAACAUCGAUGCUUGUGUAACUUAGAUUCUGAAUUGAAUAUUACAAUAAAGGAUAUCUUCCGUUUUUAGCUCAA